GGGACUAGUUACAAAUACCUCCUUUUUUAGACGUAGUGCACUGCGUAGGGUGCAGAUGCUGAUAUUUGACACCACUUUUACGUGGGAGCCAUUUGGGUUACAUUCCUACGAGGAAGUUUUUGGGGGUACUGAUGAAAAAAACGAAGAUAUAACCGAUUAUCAUCAUAGGAUUUUGUAAAAAAUAUAUAUUUUUGAUAGUAGUCUAGUUAGUGGACAUCAGUCAUGAUGAGUGGUGAACCAUCUGGGAUAAUGAGGAUGCAGAGCGUGAGUCCAUUGCUGCCUCAGCGCCAGGAGAGCAUGGAGGGUCCUUCUCCAAACCUGAUGCCGAGGCACGGGGAGCUGAUACCCACACCAUGUGGACCAAUAAAGAAGUGGUCGGAGCUCCAGUGCUUCGUGAAGGUCUACUUCUGCUUCACACUCAUCUCCAUGCUGGCGCUCCUCAUCAUCACUAUAGUCAACAUCGCGAGGGAGAGCUGGAAAAAGGGCGAAGAUGAUGACCUCAGUGUCUCUCUCAUCCAGCUUGUGGGAAUCCUGUUCUGCGUAUACUACAUUGCACGAGGCGUGCUGCAGGAGAACAGACAGGAGCUGAUUAUCUUUGGGGUGUGUGUGGUUGUGGUCAUGGUGCGCUCUGUCGUCAACUUCAGCGUACUCAAAAAGAAAGAAAUACUGCUAACGGUGCGGUUUGUGUGCAUCAUAUGUGUGGGUGUGGUGCACGUGAUCUGUGCCUCGCUGCUCAUCCUAAGGUCCAACAUGAUGGCCUUCAGGGUAGGAGGAGCUUUGGAAAACAUGCAGAAGCAGUACUGCCUGCUCAAUCUCUGCUUCUCAAUGGUGACUUUUGAUCUUCAGGCGCAGCUGUGCUUGUGCAUCCUGAUCCUGACGUCAGGCCCCUCUGUGUCCAGGACUCAUACCAUUAUUCUGGGAAUUGGAGUGGUUUGGGCAAUAAUCACUGCAGUCGCUGGAGCCAUUUCUGUUUUAAAAGAAGUCAAGCCACUGGUCUGGAUUUUUAUCCUCCUGAACUUACCUCAGCUGGCUUAUUUCAUUUACCUGCUAUACACGAUCGUUUCUGACUGGGGAGAGAGCGAAACAUACAUACUGGAGGCUGCCUCCAUUACAGGCUGUGUGAUCUCAGUGACCAUCAAAUGUGUGCUGUUCUGGGGCUUGUUCCAUCUGUACCGCAGCUUCGGCCAGGGUCUGCGGGAGAGAAUGUUUGCUACAGAUAAGCAGUAAGGAUGAUUAUGAAGAGGACCAGCAUGAGGACCAGCAUGCACUGUUGCCAGUCAGCAGGGAGUACAAUAAUGCAACUUCAUUUCACUGUUAAACAUGCACUUACAGCUGACCAAAACUUCAGUUACGCAGGUUCAUCAGCUGGAACAGAUGUCUGUAAAUCAAUUUCAGACACAAAGUGAGAGCCAACACUGCCAUUUAGCUUAUUUCAAAGUCUUCAGAAAUCUAGCUCUUGCUCUAAACUCCCUGAGGAACAAAUGCCCUGAGGGUUUCACUUUUAUCUGUAAAGGAUAAGAUUGAUUUUACUGGACAUGGAAAUGCCGAAUUAAUCAUGUAAUGAUUAGACAUUCAUUAGUUACAUAUUUAUCUGUUACUAGUUUUUUAUAUGCUUUAAAAUACUGGCUUUGCGAACAUUUUAGCUAUUUUAGAUAUUCACGUCAUGUAUUAUUGUCAGUACUUCUGUUAAAAGUUAUUUUAUGUUCAGAUACAUAUCAGCAAAGUGUCCAAUAUUUACCAAACUGCAUGUCUACUAUUUUAGUAGCAGUGACAAUGUCCAUGCAAAAUGUAACUCAGCCACUCCAUUUUAAAAUGUUAUAUAGUCUUAAGAUAUAUAUUGUUUCUAAUUGUAUAACAUCAGUCUAAAAUCUUCAACAAAUAAUAAGGCUGCGUCGUGUAUGGGAAUGGGAAGCACUUAAAAUCACUAUCAAAACGUCUUAAUAUCAGAUAACAGGGUUCCUCCUGUUAUCACGAAUUAGAGACGUGUGUCAACUGUCAUUCUUUUAUAUUAAUAACAAGGCGUUCAGAUUUGUAGUUUCAGUUCCAGAGUUUUAUGCCACUCAGUUCACUCUCAGAAGAAAGGUUACUAAACCGUCACUGGAUUGGUAGAAUGAUCUUUUAUAGUUUUAACAUGUAUCUGUCACCUGGAAACGUGGAUAUAUAUAGAGUAUAUAACUGGACUGUAAUUACCUUUUAGAGCAAAGUGUGCAAAGGUACAUUACAUGCACAUUUCUAGGAAAAGGAUACCUAAUAAAGGUCCACCCCAGUGACAAGGAAAGGUAAAUUUACCCAAGGAAAGGUAAAUUUAGUACAGUUUUUUUUUUCUGAGUGUUGUUAAAGCCUUUAUACUUUUAUAGUCAUGAUUGUUCAGUCACGUAAAUGAAUGAUGAACUGCUACAUAUGGAAUGAAUGGCAUGUAAAAAAAAAAAAAAACAAUGGAUGCAUUUCACUUGCAUGUACAGUGGGGUCCAAAAGUGCGAGACCAAAAAAAUCUGGGAUUCUUUUUUUAAAGAUAAAACAGGAAAUAAAUUUGUGAAAAUUCUAAAACAAAAAAGGACUAUGCAAUAUACAAGAUGUUGCACAAUUUCUAGGUCUCUAUUUAAAUUUAAGCAGGUUUGUGAUAUUGACCAUGUUAACUGCUUUAUACAAAAGGCCAGAUUUCCCAUGAAUCUUUUCUCUUCUAUUGAAGCACGUGUUCAGAUGACACUCUGAUGGAUUUGAUCUAACAUGGAUCAUCAGGUUUUACACAGACUUGUGGCGUCUGGGUCAGCUCGAGCGCACACUGUCAUUAAAGCAAAACGUGGACAUACCAAAUACUAAGAAACUGAAAUUCGUGUAAAUAUUAUUAAGAUUCUAAUUUGCACUCUAAGUAUUGCUGAUGAUCUCAUCAGAUCAUAUCAUAAAAUUGAAAAAGAUUGCCAAACAGAAGCAUGUUCACUAGUGCUCUCGAACUUUUCAGACCACACUAACCUCAGAACGCUUGAUCAUUUAAUGUCACACAGACAAAAUGAUCUCGGGGUUAAGGAAGUGUUAUGAACAAACAGGAACAAAAGUUGAUUGUUCUCUCCUGUGUGUGUUUUAUUACCACUCCCCAUGUAGGGGUACCAAAGGUCGUUGUCUAUUUUGCAAAUAAUAUCCUUUUUUAUUGGAUAACCGAUGCUCUUUUUUUGUAGAUUCCAGCACGAUUUCUACUUUACACACUGUAAUCACUAGAGCACUUGUAAAAGUUAUACAAAACAGAGAAGUUUAACUGUUUAACCAUUAAAUAUGUAUUGUUUUCUGUGAUUUGAUAUUACUUUCAGAAACAUGCAUUUGUGAUACAAACUUGAAUAAAUAUAUUUUAAACAA